AUGUGGCUAACAUCCACUAUAAGUGGUAAAAAAGUGGCGUUAGGUACAGCUUAUAGGCCCCCCUGGCUCGAUGUAAAUCUAUUUUUAGAUGCACUAACUGACACAAUAACUUGCAUGUCUUCCUUUGACCACAUCAUUAUAUUAGGCGAUUUUAAUAUUAACUUGUUGCUUAACAAUCAUUAUAACACAAAAAAAUUACACUCUUUUUUGAAUACACUCAGUCUUACGCAACUUGUAAACUCGCCAACACAUUUUACCGAGUCAAGCUCAUCCCUGAUCGACAUUAUCUGUACAGACCUGAGCGCACGUCAUGUCACCGUGGAGGCAACAGGGACACUACAUGGGCAUGCUAUGGUGUUUUGCGAGUUCGACGUAUACCGAGAUAAACCAACCCACAAAUGUAUUUAUAUGCGGCCAAUAAAAGACAUUUACUAUGAUAAUUUAAAAAAAGAUCUGAAUUCUAUUCGUUGGGACUUAAUAGCACAAUUACCUGACGUAAAUCAUAUUCUAAAUACAUUUAACAGAUCUGUCCUCUGUGUCUUUGAUACUCAUGCACCGUAUAAGAAAUGCGUAUUCAAAUCUCGACCCUACCCAUGGAUGACACCUAACCUGAAGUUCAUGAUAUCUUUAAAAAAUAAAGCCUUGUCUGAUUUCCGUAAAACUAAAGACGUUACAAAAAAGGAAUAUUUUAAAACUUUAAAUUCAUUAGUAAAUAAGACAAUAUAUUUCGAAAAAGUUGCUUACUUUAAUAAUAAUAUCAAUAGCCAAAAAAGUCGACCAAAACAUCUAUGGAAAAGUCUUAAAUCUAUUAUAUUACCUUUGAAAAAACCUAAAGAGCUGCCCUUACAUUUCACUGACGCUGAAAAAAUUAACGACCAUUUCCUAAAUAUUCCCGGUAGUUCAAAGGUUAAUCUGUCUCAAUUAACUUACUUUGAAUUUAAUAAAUAUUGUCAAAACAGUUUUAGCUUAGAACCAACUAGUGCAGAAGCCGUCUUUAAGGUAAUCAAGAGUUUACAUUCCAAUGCUCAAGGAUACGACGAAAUAACACUGAAUAUGCUGCUUUUAACAUGCUCUGACACAUUGGAUGUUAUUACAGCCUUAAUAAAUACAUCUUUGGCGACUUCUCAGUUUCCUGAACUAUGGAAGAUAGCUGUAGUUCGACCAAUUCCUAAAAAUAGUAAUCCAUUAGAUAUCAAGGAUUUAAGACCUAUAAGCAUUUUGCCGUGUCUUUCCAAGGUUAUAGAAAAAAUUGUAUGCCGCCAGAUAACAGAUUACAUCGAAAAACACGACAUAUUGCCACAGACACAAUCUGGGUUCAGAAAAGGUCGAGGAACUGUAUCCGCUUUACUAGAUGUAACAGACAAUAUUCUACAAGCACAGGAUCAGGGAUUGUGCACGUUACUUGUAUUAUUAGAUUUCUCACGAGCAUUCGAAUCAAUUAAUAUUUCUCUGCUUUUAUCAAAAUUAAGCUACUAUGGAUUUGACAUUAAAACGGUUAAAUGGUUUAACAGUUAUCUCACUAACAGAUUACAGGUUGUUGAAUUAAAAAAACCUGACGGCUCACCGACACGCUCAAAGCUUGCGACGAUUAACAGGGGAGUACCACAAGGAUCAAUUCUAGGCCCAAUAUUAUUCAUCCUAUACUCUGCGGAUAUCACUAAACAUAUGUGGAAAUGCAAAUUCCACAUCUAUGCUGAUGAUAUUCAAGUUUAUAUAUCUUUUAAAGCGGAAAACAUGAACACAGCCAUAAUAGAAUUAAAUGAGGAUUUACAGCGAAUCGCCACAUGGGCUGAGAACAAUAGUCUUGUUCUUAAUCCGGCUAAAACUAAGUACUUGUUGAUAGGCCAAAAAAAAGGACUAAAUACAAUUCAAACCCAGUCGACUGCACUAGCUCCAAUGCUUCUUGGCAUAUCAAUUGAGCGCGUGUACGAAGCUCGGAAUCUGGGUUUGAACAUGGAUGCAGGGUUGCGAUUCGAGAAUCAUGUGGCAGAUUGCGUGCGAGCUUGUUUUUACAGAUUGAAGACACUCUACAAAAUUAGACCGUACCUCAGUGUCGAACUACGUGAACAGCUAGUAGAAACGCUCGUGCUCUCGAAGCUGAACUAUGCAGACACUGUUUAUGGACCCAGACUGCUAGCUCGUACACAGCGACUAGUACAAAGGGUUCAAAACGCCUGUGCUAGGUUUUGUUAUAAAAUUCCUACGCGAAGUCAUUUAACACCGUUUCUUAAUAAACAUUACGUAUUGAAGAUGAAAUCUAGACGCAAACUCCACCUGGCAUGCCUUCUCUUUGGUGUCGUGAAGUAUAAAAAUCCACCAUACUUACACGACAAACUAGCUUUGGUCGCGCGAAACAGACAAGGUAACAACAGACUGUGUUCUCAACAAUUAUCUGUGCAGCGUCACAGAACAGCAGCUUUCAGGGGUAGUUUUAGAUAUGCGGCUACAAAAUGUUGGAAUAAUAUUCCACCUCCAAUCAGGAGUUUAAAAAAUCUCCACCAGUUCAAAAUCAAGCUAAAAAAAAUUCUUAUUGAUGCACAAAUACAACAUGGCAAUAUCAACCGAGAAAGCUCCUUCCUAUAA